AUGGCUGCAUCACCAGAAUACAUAGUAUUCCAAUGGGCCUCAAUAGUGUUCCUGGUUGCACUCUCUGGUCUGUUUGCAGGACUGACACUUGGUAUCAUGUCACUAGAUAUCACUGGUUUAGAAAUUGUUAUAGCAAGUGGAUCACCUAAAGAGAGUAAAUAUGCAAAGAGAAUAUACCCUGUUAGACAGAGAGGCAAUCUAUUGUUGUGUACAUUGUUGUUGGGCAAUGUAUCGGUCAACUCUUUGUUGGCCAUUCUAAUGGCAGACAUCACAGACUCGGGUCUAAUGGGCUUCAUGAUGUCCACUGUGAUCAUCUUGUUGGUGGGCGAGAUCAUACCGCAGGCGACAUGCGCCCGUCAUGCAUUGGCCAUUGGCGCACACACUAUCUGGAUCGUGUACAUCUUCAUCUGCAUCUUCUUCCCCUUUUCCUACCCGAUCAGCAAGGCGCUCGACCUGAUACUGGGCAGCGAGAUGGGUACCAUCUACAGCAGGCAGCAACUCAAGAAGCUGCUGGACAUACACAGCGCGCACUCACUAGAGAGUGGCGUCUCGCGAAGUGACGCCACACUGCUCUCGGGUGUGCUGGACUUUGCUUCAAAAACCGUCUCAGACAUCAUGACAUCGAUUGACAAUGUCACAAUGCUCGACAUUGAGACCAAGCUCGACAUACAGGUGCUCACGUCAAUCUUGGAGAAUGGACACAGCAGGAUGCCUGUGUACGAGGGCGAUCGCACCAAUAUUGUCGGAUGUCUACACAUUAGAGACCUGGUCAUACUCAAUCCCGAGGAGAACGUACCACUGCGCACGGUACUCGGCAUGUUCCACAGACAGUUGUUAAAGACAUGGCAUGAUACACCGCUGGAACAGAUGCUCAACGAGUUCAAGACGGGCAAGUCACACAUGGCCAUUGUUCACAAGGUCAACAACACUGGUGAUGGUGAUCCCUACUACGAGAACAUUGGUAUCGUAUGUCUUGAAGACGUACUCGAGGAGAUACUACAAGAUGAUAUUUUUGAUGAAGCUGAUGACUACAGGACGAUUGGAAGCUUCCAAAGCCAACGAAGGUCUACGGCGACGACUGGCAGACUGACAUCACAACAGGUCAAGGCGAUAUACUCAUUCCUCAAUGGAUGCAUGCCAGAGUUCUCAUCCAAGCUGAUAUCAGAGAAUGCUUUCUCCAAUAUGUUGGCGGGCAAGGGUACGGACGUGGUGGACUAUGAACGGCCAAAGAAGGGCGACACAUUUGUCUACAGACGAGGUGUUCACGAUGAGUUCUUCACAAUUGUAUUGCAAGGCAAGUUGGAGAUUCGUUCAGGAAAUGAAGGAUUCCAAAGUGAAUGUGGUCCAUUCUCCACGCUGGGCCUCAACGCACUCAACACCGAUCAAUUCAUUCCAGACUUUGCUGCCAGAGUCCAAUCAGAGACUUGUCAACUAUUGCGAAUAAGCAAGACUGCAUAUGAUAUUGCGAUAAAGGCAACGACAGACGAAUAUAAUGCACAUGUAUUUAGAAAGAAUAUGAUUGGAAAUGAAGAUGAUGACUUGGAGUCAUCAUCAAUCAAUCUUAAUAAUAGUAAUGGAAGGAUCAAUAACAAACGACAUCAACAACAUAUGUUGCGAACAAGUAACAACAAGACAAACAACAACUCAAUGUCAAAGUCAAUGUCAAUGUCCAGCAGCGGCUCAAACAACAGAUUCCUUACAGGCUCGGGCAAGAACAUCAAGACAUCCAACAACAACAUCAAUGGGGUGCAUAUCCCGCCACCCAUAGUGUCGCCAUCCGAACAGCAACAUCUAUCCAAUGGCGUCACAUCAUCGGCCACGGUCAUAGACUCAUCAUCCGACGAUGACGACAAUGACAAUCGACCAUUCCUCAGAUAUUAA